AUGCCGAAAUUUGUGCCCCGACAACGAAAGCACAAGGUCCUCGCAAGGCAGAAACAGCAUGGCGGAGCAAGGGAUGAAGCAGAGGUGGAUGCGAACGCCUUGGAGGUCCUGCCCGCGGCGCAGAAGGAGCGGGAGGAGAGAAAGAAGGCCAUGAAGGAGGAAUUGGUCGCGGAGGCGAAGGGCAAGAUGAGCAGUAAGAAGAAGAAGAGGCUGGAUAAGUAUAUUGAUACGAAACUCAAGAAAGAAGAAAAUAUCGCGCUGCUUAAGAAACUCGCCGCGCAGAAGGUCGAUACGAGUCUGUUUCAGAGCUCGAAGAAGCUGGGCAGGGGAGAGGAGACGCGGAGGGAGAAGUUAAGGAGGGCGCUUGCGGAACGGAGGGUCGGUGUGGAUGUGGAGAAGAAUGAAGCGCUACUGCUGGAGAGGAGGGAUGGUGGGCAGCUUGAGGGUGUCAGAGAUACCAGCAGCUCAGAGGACGAGGCUACGGAGACAUCGCGACCCGCUACUGAACGUACAAGUGGGUCCACGGACCCGAAGCCUACUUCGCGCAAACGAGAACGGUCGCCUUCGGAGAUUGCUGCAGAUGCAUCGGAAGAAGUGGCACCCGAGAUGCCUAUUUCACAACCCCCACAAUCUGCUGGUCUUUUUGGAAGUGGAUUGAAGCGACCACUGGAGAUUGAUAAGUCGGGCAGGCCUGUCAUUCAGACUAGGAAGAGGCGAAAAGCGCAGCAUAAACCGAUAAUUGCUCAGGAGGAGGUUGAGUGGGAAGGCUUCAGCUCAGACGAAGGCAAUGAGGCGAAUGUGGACAAAGUUGAAGACUCUGAUGAAGCUGCGAGUUCUGAAUCCGAAUCAGCGGAUUCCGAAGAGACCGACUCCGACGGCGACGAGGGAUCAGACCUUGAAUUGGACGAAUCCGAGGAAGAUUCGGAGGAUGAGAGCGACAGCCAGACUACCAUGGAUGAAGAUAGCAGGGUGGCAAAGAGCGAACGAGCAUCGGCAUUCAAGGCUUGGGCAACGCAGCAGAGGAAUGAGGCCAUUGGCUUCGUUCCGACGAACAACCUCACAUAUGCAGUACCUCCGAAACCAGCCAACUUCAAACCACGCGUACCAGAGCUCGACCCAUUACCCCCGGAACUCGAGACCAACACCGCCACCGAUGCGACGAGGAAGGCUUACAGUGUUGCCGUGGAGAGAUCGCCAGAAAUACAGGAGGCAAGAUUGCAGCUGCCCGUCGUUGCUGAGGAGCAAAAGAUCAUGGAGGCAAUACAUAACAACGAUGUCGUCGUGGUAUGGGGUGCUACCGGUAGUGGUAAGACUACUCAAGUGCCACAAUUCCUCUACGAGGCGGGCUAUGGCGCUCCCGAUGGGCCGACACCAGGUAUGAUUGGGGUGACCCAGCCGCGACGAGUGGCUGCCGUUAGCAUGUCCAAGCGAGUCGGAGAUGAGUUGGGGAAGGACGGGUCAAAAGUCGCAUACCAGAUCCGCUUCGACACAUCUACGAGCGCGAAAACGGCCGUCAAAUUCAUGACUGACGGUGUUCUUCUGCGAGAGAUAUCGCAGGACUUUGUCCUCACCAAAUACUCCGCCAUCGUCAUCGACGAGGCUCAUGAACGAAGCGUCAAUACCGAUAUUCUAAUUGGCAUGCUGAGCAGGAUUGUCGACCUCCGGGCUCAGAUGGCUCGGGAAGAUCCGAAGACCAAGGCUCUGAAGCUCAUCAUCAUGUCUGCUACUCUUAGAAUAUCGGAUUUCACGGACAACAAGCGACUCUUUCGACACGGACCACCGCCGUUAAUGAAGGCGGAAGGGCGGCAGUAUACAGUUACGAACCACUUCGCUCGAAGGACACAGCGAGACUACGGCGAAGAAAUGUACCGCAAAGUCUGCAGAGGCCAUCGCAAGCUCCCCAAGGGAGGGAUAUUAGUCUUCCUGACUGGGCAGAACGAAAUCACACAUCUUGCGAAACGACUAAGGGAAACGUUUGCUUCGACCCAAGGACCGGAUGUCAAGAUUGGCAAGGUCCAGAUAUCACCCGCAGAAGCCCCGUUGGAGACCGAAGACAUCGACCUGGGUGGAAAAGCCGAGGAGGAUGAGGUUGAGGACAAUGACGGAUCAGAUUCGGAAGGGUCCAUGAUUAUGGGACUGGACGGCGAGGAAGAUAAGGAAUUCGACAUUGAGGAAGAGGAGGCCGAGCAGACCGUAAUGAAAGUCCACGUGCUCCCACUCUACUCUCAGCUUCCAACAAAUCAGCAACUACGUGUUUUCGAACCUCCUCCAGAAGGCUCCCGACUCAUCGUCCUUGCAACGAACGUGGCGGAGACCAGUCUUACGAUACCAGGAAUUCGAUAUGUGUUCGACUGCGGAAGGGCGAAAGAGAAGAAGUACGACCUAAUAACAGGCGUACAGAGCUACGAGGUCGGGUGGAUCAGCAAGGCGAGCGCGAAUCAGCGAUCUGGUCGUGCGGGACGUACCGGCCCGGGCCACUGUUACCGGCUAUACUCCUCAGCCGUGUUCGAGCGUGACUUUGAGGAGCACGCGGUUCCCGAGAUUGUUCACACUCCGCUCGAGGGCGUCGUUCUCCAGCUUAAGAGCAUGGGAGCCCCCGUCGUCAACUUCCCGUUCCCAACACCACCGGAUCGCGAGAACCUCCAAAAAGCGGAGAAUCUGUUGUCGUACCUGGGAGCGCUGUCCCAAGACGGUAAAGUGACUAAGCUGGGUCAUGAGCUGUCACUCUACCCCCUCAACCCACGUUUCGCUCGAAUGCUGGUCAUGGGCGUUGCUCAGAGCCUGGCUGCAGAGACAAUUGCCUUGGUAGCCGCGCUCUCUGUUCCAGAACUCAUCAUACCCGAGAACAAGCUGGGGCUACGGGAGCCACCACCGCAAGAUCCGUCUGCUAUCCGCACCGAGCAGGAUAACCUAGAAGCGGAUGACCGGUCCAGGCUAAGGAAGGCCUACAAUGCUGCCCAGGCAAAGCUCGCGGUGAACGCAAAACAGAGCGACUGCAUCAAGCUCAACAAUGCUGUUUGCGCUUACGCCCACGAAACCAACCCUCAAGCUUUCUGCGACGACAUGUUCCUCAACUCGAAGGCGAUGCACGAAGCAAGUCAACUCCGACAGCAGCUCACGUCAAUCGUACGAGCUCACCGACCGACAGCUAUCAGCACAUACAAUGCAAAGCUCGGUGCUCCCUCCGAAAAAGCUAUAAACCUGUUGACGCAGAUAUGUGCGGCGGGCUUCAUCGAUCAGGUUGCAAUGCGUGCCGACCUUGCUCCCGUUCCGCCUGAAUUUCCACGGAAGCCGAAGACAGCGAUUGAUGUCCCCUAUGUCACCCUUUUCCCGUCACAGAUAGGCAGGUCGAAGACCACGGACCCGAGCGAGCAGUAUGUGUAUAUACAUCCCUCGUCCCUGCUCGCUCGUACGCCUCCAGCGAAGCUGCCCGGGUACAUCGUCUACUCCCAUCUGCAAAAGGCAGCACCCUCCACAGCCGACUCAGUGAAAACACCCAAGACGCGCAUGCAUCCUCUCACACUCGUCACGCGACCGCAGCUUAUCAACAUCGCACUCGGUACCCCGCUACUGCAAGUUUCGAAACCGAAGGGUAAGAUCGUGGAGAUGGAUCGCGAGAAGGGUAAACCGGAGCGCAGGGAAUGCGAAGUUGAGCUCUCGCUUGUAGGCGAGAAGGGCGGUCGGGGAUGGGGUUUGGGAGUUAGGAGGGUGAUUCAGAGGAAAGAUGCGGUGACGAGGGUGUGGAGUAUUGAGAAGAUUCUGGGGUGA